UUCUGCAACAGCCUUCCUCGCAGUUGGAAUUCUGAGGCAGAAAUAAUCAUGCCUGAGAUAAAAGUCACUCCCUUGGGAGCAGGCCAAGAUGUGGGCCGCAGCUGCAUUUUGGUGUCCAUUGCAGGAAAGAACAUCAUGCUGGACUGCGGGAUGCACAUGGGUUAUAACGAUGACAGGCGGUUUCCUGACUUCUCGUAUAUCACUCAGAAUGGAAGGCUGACCGACUUCCUGGACUGUGUAAUCAUCAGUCACUUUCAUCUGGACCAUUGUGGGGCCCUGCCGUAUUUCAGCGAGAUGGUCGGCUACGACGGGCCCAUUUACAUGACCCACCCGACCAAGGCCAUCUGCCCCAUCCUGCUAGAGGACUACAGGAAAAUCACUGUGGACAAGAAAGGAGAGACGAACUUCUUCACUUCUCAGAUGAUCAAGGACUGUAUGAAGAAAGUGGUGGCUGUCCAUCUUCAUCAGACAGUCCAGGUGGACGACGAGCUGGAGAUCAAGGCAUACUACGCGGGGCACGUUCUCGGGGCGGCCAUGUUCCAGAUCAAAGUGGGCAGCGAGUCGGUGGUUUAUACGGGUGACUAUAACAUGACUCCAGACCGACACUUGGGAGCUGCCUGGAUCGAUAAAUGCCGUCCCGACCUUCUCAUUUCCGAGUCCACCUACGCCACGACCAUCAGAGAUUCCAAGCGCUGCCGAGAGCGGGACUUCUUGAAGAAGGUCCACGAAACCGUUGAGCGAGGAGGAAAAGUGCUGAUUCCGGUGUUUGCUUUGGGCCGUGCUCAGGAGCUCUGCAUCUUACUGGAGACCUUCUGGGAACGCAUGAACUUGAAAGCUCCCAUCUACUUCUCGACGGGGUUGACUGAGAAGGCCAAUCACUAUUACAAGCUCUUCAUCACAUGGACCAACCAGAAGAUCCGGAAGACCUUUGUCCAAAGAAACAUGUUUGAGUUCAAACACAUCAAGGCCUUUGACCAGGCCUUUGCUGACAACCCGGGACCGAUGGUUGUCUUUGCCACCCCGGGGAUGCUUCACGCAGGACAGUCCCUACAUAUCUUCAAGAAAUGGGCCGGAAAUGAGAAGAACAUGGUGAUCAUGCCCGGAUACUGCGUGCAAGGGACGGUGGGCCACAAAAUUCUGGGUGGACAACGCAAGUUGGAAAUGGAGGGGAGACAGAGUCUAGAAGUGAAGUUGCAGGUGGAGUACAUGUCCUUCAGCGCCCACGCAGAUGCCAAAGGCAUCAUGCAGCUCAUCCGCCAGGCCGAGCCGCGCAAUGUCCUCUUAGUCCACGGCGAGGCAAAGAAGAUGGAGUUCCUGAAGCAGAAGAUCGAGCAGGAGUUCCACAUCAACUGCCACAUGCCUGCAAACGGAGAGACGGUGACCGUUUUCACCAGCCCCAACAUCCCGGUGGACGUUUCCCUUGGGCUUCUGAAGCGAGAACUCGCGAUCGGUCCCUUGCCGGAUUCCAAGAAGCCCAAACUCAUGCACGGCACGCUGAUCAUAAAGGACAAUAGCUUCCGCCUGGUCUCUCCGGAGCAAGCCCUCAAGGAGCUGGGGCUGGGGGAACACCAGUUGCGCUUCACCUGCCGCAUCCACUUCCAGGACCCCCGCAAGGAGCAUGAGACGGGGCUGCGCGUCUACAACCACCUGAAGAGCAUCCUGAAGGACUAUUCCGUACAGCACCUCUCUGACACUUCGAUAAUGGUGGAGUCCAUCCUGAUCCAGGUGACGGUCCAGUCGGAGGACCCGGCCACCAAACUCCUGCUGGUCUCGUGGACGUACCAGGAAGAAGAGAUGGGAAGCUACGUGACUUCUUUGCUGAAGAAGGCCCUGCCCCAAAUCACAGCGUGACCCGCCCUUCUG